AAGGAUGCUUCCCUGCAUGUAUUGAUAUCAUUACUGUAACAUUGAAGUGCAUUACAUGUGGAUGUUAACUUGAACUGUACGUUAAAACAAUACUGUUACAUACAUACAUAUAUAUAUACUGUAUGAGCGCAGGGUUGGAGUACAGGAACUUAUGAGAAAACUUAUAGCAAUGUAGCUUACAAUCCCGCUGAGACCUCUUGGUGAUUUCCCAGGACAGACGAGUUAGAGCGGAAAGUGUAACCGGUUUCACUGCAUCUAUAGACGGAAAACCUUGUACACCGGUAAAUAAAAUGUGACAAUAUCUACAGUACUGUCAACGACAAGAUGAACAAUUUUAGUGAGGAGGUCCAACGCCUUAACGAUGAAGCGGUGGAGACCCUUAUUCCCGCCAUCGUCUUUAUCGUUCUCCUCAUGGUCAUCGGAGUAAUCGGGAAUCCGAUCGUUGUGUACUUCUACGGUUUUAAAUUGAAACCGACCCCAUCUUACAUGUUCAUUGUGGCUUUGGCCAUCUUUGACUUUCUCGUUUGUGCUGUCUCCAUGCCGUUGGAAUUAGUUGAUUUAGUUCGAUUCUACACGUUUGAAAGUGCCGUUGCGUGCAAACUUUUGAGAUUCGUGAACUACCUCAUGGCUAUAUCAAGCGGAGGGAUUCUUAUAGCGAUUGCUGUUGAUCGUUACCGAAAAAUCUGCAAGCCAUUUCAAUCUCAGAUUACAAUAAAAAUGGCCAAGAUAAUAAUACCGUGUAUUUUGUUUGGGUCUGUGUGUGUUUCAUGGCCCAGUUUUGUAUUUUUCACUGUUGUGGAAGUGAAUUUGACAGAAGUUACUGGUGCUAUCGGCCAAGAUUGUACCACAAUCCGAGAUGAUUCGUACAAACUUUUCAUUACUUUAUACAAUGGGAUAUUAUUCCUUUGCUUCAUCUUAGCAAUAACAUCUCUCACAGUUCUCUACUGUCUCGUGGGGAGGCAAAUUUUCAAUCUAAGAAGCUUUCGGUUUUAUGCUCAACGAAAAAGAGGAAUCGCUGCAAUGCGACCACAGAGCCGAACGACUCAAUGCACGGACGACACACGAGGGUUUGGGUCUUUCAAGGAAUCACAUUCUACAGAAAUCCCCAAUUUUGAUGAAAUGACUUUGCCGCCCAGUCGAGAAAGCAGCCGACCGACCACGGCUACUGCGAUAGCCUUCACGACGCGAAAAGUGGCACCGUCUCCAAUUGACUUUGAAGGAGACGGGUCCACGUUUUCCAGUGGAUCCGGGCAUUCAUCCAAUGGCAUCCUUCGUAUUUCCAAGAGUCUCCAUAACGCUUUAAAUACAGAAGAAGUGUCUGUUCCAGUUCGAUCUAGUUCAGCUUUUUCUAAUCGAAGACAAACAGACGAUACGGAUGAUUUACAAAACGAGUCCGCUCGAACAAGCAAUCUGUUACGACAAAUUCAAGAUCAAGAGUCUUCGCGAGUUUCCUUCGCAGAGGAGGGUAAAGCAAUGAGUAUAGCAACAUCUUUGGAGACGGAGACUAGAGAUGCAGACGGCACUGCUAACCUGGACCAGAAGAAAACAAGUGCUCAAAACAUUAACACCAAGAAGUAUACCGUGGUCAUGUUAUCAAUAACCAUUGCAUUCAUCAUUAGUUUCUUACCGUACCUGGCACUGAUGACAUGGCGAACAUUAUCCAAGGAGUAUGAACCUAAUCUCUUUAAUAAAUCAGAAAUGGUGGCAUUUCAGAUUUUCAUUCGGUCAUUUUUAAUUAACAGUGCCAUGAAUCCACUGAUAUAUGGAUUUCUGAAUACAGAGUUUAGGAAUUUCAUAAUAGCGUGUGUAUGUUGUCGAACGUAUGUCGGUCCACCAGGGUCCAGAUCCGAAAACAGCGGCCAUUCACGAUCCUCGUGAUGACACUGGUCCCAAAACUCUGUAAAAAAAAAGUAUUGUUUAUGCGCAUACCAAAGUACAUAUGUUUGUUUAUAUUGUUUUCAAAUUACUAGUAUCACGAACGGUUUUGAUGUUUAAGAAAUGUUUGGAGUAAAAUGUUUCUGUACUAUGGUCUAUAUACAUACAGAUACUUUACACAUGUGAAUGGUUUUUUCUAACACUAAUUAUUUAGAAAUAAUGAACAAAUCCUUAUUAGCUAAAGAUUAUAAAAUCAGAAGCGCUACAUCGUGGGGCUGUACAUAAUACGAUCAAGUGGGAUAAAAGUUCCUCAAUCCCGAUUAAUGCCGAGCUGAACAAAUCGCAAAGUUGACAGGAUAGGACUUUAAAUCAAUGUUUUCAAGGAAAGAAAAUCUCUGAGCGGCCUUGUCAGUUGCAUUUGGGUGGGGAAUCCAAUUUGCAAUUGGAUUGUGGCCUGUUUUAUUUGUAAGACCCACCGUAUUUGAUUGCAGGCAGCUCUAUUUUGAUAUUUCAUUAUGUGUUGUAAGGGGUCAGAUUGCAUAAUCAUACCUAUGUGAUACAUAUGUUCUUGUAUUUUUGUUUUCGACUCAUUCUGACCCCCACUAGCUUAUUCUGUUAUAUAACUUCGUCAUUUUCAAAAUAAAUGACAUUUUUUUCAAUUCA